AUGGACGUUUCUAUGUCGGACGACGCAAUGUGUGUUGACGCCCACCAUACACGUCUCUCAUCUACCACCAGUUCCUACUCUUCGAACGCAUCCGACUCUCCUCUUGACAACUCCGCCCCUUAUCCGACGUUUGACCUUUAUCCCUCAUCACCUUCUGAACAAGCUCCAUCCCCCCACCAAUAUCCUUACACACCCGCUCAAUCCCCUUCUCUUCCCGCCGUUGGCCUUAUUCAACCGUCCAAGUCUUUCGUUCAUCAUGGAUCCAACUGCUCGCAAAUACCUAAACUUCGCGUCGCCUGUGCUCCCGGACUUAACGGCCAACGAACUAUGUGGAGCUUCUGCGAACAAUGCGGUGCCAUUUCCAUGGUCGAGAGCGACUGA